AUGAGGGUCUUCUCCGUUGGGUUGGUGAUGGCGACGCUGCUGUGCGCCUGGAGCGAUGCCAAUGCCAGGAUAGCACCAAAGAGCAGGUUUAUCGGCUUUCGUCAAGUGACACUGAACCCAGAUCAGGCACAAACCUACCCCAGUGGUGGUGUUGGUCCCCGUCAGGUGACACUGAACCCAGAUCAGGCUCAAACCUACCCCAGCGGUGUUGGCCCGCGCAUGGAAGUGGCACCACAGUUUGAAAAUAGAGCUGCAGUAGGAUGCGGUUCUUACUACAUAGCCCCGGGCUCUUCCAAGACAUUCCAGUCAAAGAACUACCCCAGUAGCUACCCUGGUGGCAAGAGGUGCACAUGGAAAUUCCGCACUUCUGUUGAUUCAAAGUUGAGCAUCCAGUGUGACGAUUUCAAUCUGCAACAGUCGAGACAAUGCAGAAAGGAUUUCUUCCGGGUCACAGAUUCCUCUGGUUUUAAACAAAAAUACUGCGGUGCCAAGGGUUCUCUGAGCGUUUCUGAUAAAUCUACGAGAGUUACUGUUUUGUUCAAAACAAACAGGAGGAAAUCUAGUACAGGAUUUUCCUGCUCUGUCAGAGCUUCAGGUAAAAUUAAUAUUUCCAGUAAUUGA